AUGAGUCCCAUCAGUCAAACGCUGAGGAACAGUGCUCAUGACUCCUGGAAUUCGGAAAACGAAGGUAAUAUCUCUCCGCCUGAGCGACGAGAAGUCCGACGUAAUAGAACUCGUAGAGGCUGCCAGAAAACAUUUGUCAUAACUCGACAAUCAAAUGAAGGAGAUAUUUUUGACAUCGAAGACGUCCUCACACCGAAGAAUACAAGAGCUACCGUUGAACGCGAAGUCGUAACUCCGAGAUGCAGAUCAAAAAGUCGCGAGCGGCGAAUUUCUAGUGCCAAACUCUAUAAUGAUGCGAAGCAAGCGAGUUCGCAUGAGAAGGAGACAGAGCUUACGAAGAAAGUUUCUUCCCCAAAAGUCACUGGCGAAAGUAACAAGAAAAAGCGAGACGCUUCCAAGACAACGCUUGCUGAAAGCUUUAAGAACUCUAUUAAAGCGCAACUAGCUUCUCUGAAGAACUUCAACAUGGAGAGUUUCGAUAUGAAUAUGGACUUCAAUAUGGACGACUUUCCAGAGAUGCCUUCGUUCAACGACAGUUUCAACUUGGAAGACUUCGAAGGAGGCGACAUGACCGCUGAUCUUCAGAAUUUCGAGGACAUGAAUUCAGAUGGAUUUGAAGAAGAGGAUGUUUCGCAGGAAGGCGCUUCCCAAGAGGAGGAUGAAGAAAUUCAUGAUGAAGAAAAUUUCGAGAGCGAAGAUGCGAGCGAUGAAUCCAUGACCCCUCAAGAGUACGACAACGAUGAGAACGGAGGCGAGGGAGACGGAGAGAAUAAUUGUGCAUCGAGUGGAAAAUUUCCGGAAGACUCGGACGAACUCGACAAGGAGUUAAUCAAAAAGAAUGAGGAGUUACUCCUUGCUCAAUCUCGAAGAAAGAAAUCUGGCAUCGAUCUUCUUCCAUUGCGUGAUCCAGAGAGCACCGACUCAUCCCAAGAAACAAUGAUGAGACCACGAAAGUCAAACCUCAAGAAAGGAAAAGCAGAAAAUAAGACACGGAAAAGUGUGGAGUUCGCAACCCCGAUUGAAAAAGUGUCGCGGAUCGAGUCCCGAAAGUCCGUGGGCAGCAAGAAGAAAUAUGAUCGAAGACUCGUAGACGAGGAGGAUGAGCCAUUCGUCAAGGAAAUUAAGGAGUUUCUGAACAAGCCGCGAUCGCAAAGCAACCUUGAUGUUUUGCGCCAUCGACGAGUUCAACAAGGAAUGAUUGAAAAUUUCCAUUCUAAAGCAUCAAGACUUGACACAAAAAAGAUGGUUGCAAACACUUCUAAAAAAACAGAAGUUCGAAAAACGAUGAUCAACUUGGGAAAAACUCAAGGAGAGACAGUGGCUAAAGUCGCCGGGCUCGAACCUUUUCAGAAUAAGGCGAAAGCAUCAGUCCGAAAACUUGAACAGCGGUGGGAAAAUGAGAAUGAAAAUUUCGAUCAUCUUCGAAAGCAACUGCCCAGCGCUAUGACCGUUCGUCAGAGCCAAGUUUCGCUGAGGAUUUCUGUCGCUGGCAAAAAUCUGAUUCUUGAGCAGAUGCGAGAAGCAUGGAUCAAGAAGAGAGAGGAUCACCAACGAAGAAAGUUGAAAGUCAGGGAGCAGAUCAAAUCAGCCAUGACGAUGCUCAAACAACUCGGAGCGAAGAACUGA